AUGGUAAAGACACUUAAAGGUCGGAGUAAUUUGUUUACUAAGAUAGCCACCACCAAAAAUGGUAUUUAUGUUCCUGAACCCAUCACUGAGAUUCGAGCAGAAUCAGUAACUGACACCGACAUCACUCUCAGUUGGAACAGACCUCCAGGUGAAAUGGAUGGUUAUGAGAUCCAGUACCAAGAUCCCGUUGGACAUUUAAUCAUGAAUUAUAUUUUUCCAGUUCCUGAACCCAUCACUGAGAUUCGAGCAGAAUCUGUAACUGACACCGACAUCACUCUCAGUUGGAACAGACCUCCAGGUGAAAUGGAUGGUUAUGAGAUCCAGUACCAAGAUCCCGUUGGACAUUUAAUCAUGAAUGUCAGCUUCUCAGAAAGUAACACAUUUCGCGAUUUGAAACCCCACCACAACUAUACGUUUUUGGUAUCAGUUAUAAGUGGAUACGACACUGCAACCGUACGCCGAAGUAGACUCUUGUCUAAGACAGUACAGACACAUGAAUCAGUACCAGGACGAGUGCGUUUCUUUAGAGCGGUUGAAGUGAAACCCAACGAAGUAGUUUUGCAAUGGACUUUACCUACUACGGAACAAAAUGGUGUGCUCACUGGAUUCAAAGUUACGUACUUUGUUAAGGGUACUAGUAAACGUAGAUACGAAUAUUUUGAGCCAACUGAAACCAGAGGAUUAAUUUCCGGUUUGAUUCCAGGGAUGGAAUAUGUCUUCGAAAUCCAAGCUCAUACAAAAGUGGGACCUGGCAUAACAACAGUAUCUGAGGAAGCUACGCCGAUUUGGGACAAUCAGACGCUGUUGGCCGGCAACCUAGUCCCCCUGGUGCUGCUAGUAUUGGUUGUUGGCGUGGCCCUCUUCUGGAAACGAAGGCGGCUUGUCUUCUUUUCUAAAAAGACCAAACAUGGCAAGGCGGACACUAUGUCUGUUGCGGACUGCGAAGUGGUCACUAACCGUCCCGUGAAAUUGAAAGAUUUUGCCGAUCAUUACAGAAUUAUGUCUGCUGAUUCAGAUUUCCGCUUUUCUGAAGAGUUCGAACUUCUAAAGAACAUUGGUCGUGAUAAACCAUGCAACGCAGCAGAUCUCCCAGUAAAUCGUCCGAAGAAUCGAUUCACAAACAUAUUACCUUACGAUCACUCUAGAAUAAAAUUGAUGCCAACGGAUGAUGAAGAAGGAACAGAUUACAUUAACGCCAACUACAUUCCAGGUUACAACUCCCCAAGAGAAUUCAUCGUGACUCAAGGACCCCUACACAGCACUCGUGACGACCUCUGGAGAAUGAUAUGGGAGCAAAAUUGCAGAGCCAUUGUUAUGCUUACUCGUUGCAUAGAAAAGGGCCGAGAAGAGUGUGAUCAUUACUGGCCUUUUGAUAUGCAGCCUGUAUAUUACGGAGAUAUCCAAGUCAUUCUCCUUAAUGAGUCACAAUAUAGUCACUGGACCAUAUCUGAGUUCAAAGUUUCCAGGAAUGAGCAGUCUCGCAUACUUAAGCACUUCCAUUUCACAACGUGGCCUGACUUUGGAGUGCCUGAGCCUGCUCAAGUGCUGGUGAAAUUUGUGAGGACAUUCCGUGAGCGAAUCGGCUACGAUCCAAAACCCAUCGUCGUACACUGCAGGUAAGUUGUGAGGAACACU